UCCAAUCACCUCGGGGAAGGUCUGAGACAAGAGCCAAUCGCUGUCCUCACAGGACAUCAUCUGACCGGAUGAGCGAGUGCACAGAAAACAUGGGUCACGCGCGGUGGUCUCGCACAAGACGUUGAUACUCGCGCACGAUUCCGCGACUCAACCGAUGCGAUCCGCGCUGGCUUGGAAACGCUCGCGGCUGGCGCAAUGAGUUCGAUGUGUGAGCUAGCACAAAAUGCUAGAACCCAAUUCAGACUACUCUCCCUCCGCUGUUUUUAACAUUAUUAGUUUAAAGCAUGAGACGAACAAGAAGUUCACGAGGCAAGUCUGUGGCAGAUUCAACCUCAGGGAGUGAAAGCUCAACUGUAAAGACAGUUUGGCAGUGGAAGGGGGACAAUGGUGAGUGGGAACCGUACAGUCCAGAAAUCUGUGCCCAGCUGGAUACAGCAAUGCAGUCUGGAGCAAAGUCGCUGUCAUUGACAUUCGGAUCUGGUUAUGAAGUGGAUCUUGUAAAACUGGUUCAGAUUAACAGUGUCACCAAGUAUAAGCGAAAAAUACGCCUUCAAAAAGUGAAGUCAGAGGAUCUGAAUGAAGGUGAUGUUUUAAACGGUAAUAAUAAAGGCGCAGAUGUGGCUCAAAUUAAAGAAGAGAAAGAGGAGGAAGAUGAGCAGCCGGUGUCCAAGAAGAGACGCAAUGAGGGGAGGAGUCAGAACAAAGCCAAGCCUGUUGCCAAAGAGGAAAGUAAAGAGGUUGUGAAGACGGUGGUUAUGAAGGGAAAAGCUCCAGUUGACCCAGAAUGUAAAGCUAAAAUUGGAAAGGCCCAUGUCUACAGUGAAGGGACUGAUGUAUAUGAUGUUAUGCUGAAUCAGACUAAUCUUCAGUUCAACAACAAUAAAUAUUACCUCAUCCAGCUCCUUCAGGAUGACAACGCGAAGGCUUACAGUGUAUGGAUGAGGUGGGGGCGAGUGGGUAAAGUUGGACAGAACAGCUUGGUUAGCUGCGGGGGGAAUCUAGCUCAGGCCAAAGACACCUUCAAAAAAAAGUUCUUAGACAAGACCAAGAACGAAUGGGAAGAUCGUGCAAGUUUUGAGAAAGUUGCAGGAAAAUACGAUAUGGUGUUUGUAGACUACAGCAUUGAGGACAAACAGGAGGACAAGAUAUCCCCUCCUCUCGAACAAAAACCCUGCCGGUUAAACAUCAAGGUUAAGUCUCUCCUAGAGCUCAUAUGUGAUCUGAAAGCCAUGGAAGAGUGCGUGCUGGAGAUGAAGUUUGAUAUCAAAAAAGCUCCCCUCGGUAAGCUAACAGCAGAGCAAAUCCGAGCCGGUUAUGCAUCUCUGAAGAAGAUUGAGGAUUGCUUAAAGAAGAAAGGCAAUAAUAAACAACUACUGGAAGCAUGCAACCAGUUUUACACUCGUAUCCCACAUGAUUUUGGGUUGCGGACACCACCCGUCAUUCGCACAGAGGACGAGCUGAAGGAAAAGAUUGCUUUGCUAGAGGCUCUUAGUGACAUUCAGAUAGCUGUGAAAAUGGUUCAGUCCAGCAUUCAGAACGACGAGCAUCCUCUGGACAGACAGUAUCACUCUCUGAAGUGUCAACUGCAGCCACUGGAUUCUGACAGCAAUGAAUUUAAGGUCAUAGAGAAAUAUCUCCAGUCCACUCAUGCACCAACACACACUGACUACACAAUGACCGUCCUGGACAUUUUCACUGUGGAGCGAGAGGGCGAGAAAGACAGCUUCCUCUCUCAGAUGGACAACAGGAUGCUUCUGUGGCAUGGCUCUCGUCUGUCUAACUGGGUGGGGAUCUUGAGUCAGGGGCUGCGAGUUGCUCCACCAGAAGCUCCUGUAACUGGAUACAUGUUCGGUAAAGGGAUUUACUUUGCAGACAUGUCAUCAAAAAGUGCCAAUUACUGCUUUGCCAGCCAGAAGAACAACCAAGGAAUUUUGUUGCUGAGUGAGGUUGCCCUUGGGGGUGUCAACGAACUUUUGGAUUCCAAUUACGAAGCUGACAAGCUGCCCUUUGGGAAACAUAGUACAAAAGGCAUGGGACAGACUGCGCCCGACCCAAACAACCAUGUUGUAUUGGAUGGUGCGACUGUACCCAUGGGGCCAUGUGUAAAGACCGGGGUGGGGCAGAGAGGCGGCUACUCGCUCCUGUAUAAUGAAUACAUUGUUUAUAACCCUGCCCAGACACGCAUGAAAUACCUUCUUCAUGUGAAGUUUAAUUUCUCCUCGCUGUGGUAAAGCAAAAGGGGAUUCUUGACAUUUAACACACUAACUUUUGAAUUUAUAUAUAUAUUUAUUAAUGUCUACAUCUAUAACUAAUGCAAUCUGAGGUGAAGGACGUGACAUGUAGUAUUUGGUGCAGCUCAUGUAUUCAUGAAGGUUAAUAGAAUCUGAAAAUCUUGAAGAAUUGCAUAUUUUAUGUUCUACUAAUGUAAGCAAAAUGUUGUUUUUGUUAACAAAAGGAAGUGUGUUCGUAUUUUUAUAAGAAAAUAAAAUGUAAUAUGUUGUAUAAA